AGGGGCACUUUGUGCCUGUGCAGCUUUGAGACCCCUCUGUACCCCCACAGGCUGCAGCGUGGGCAGAAAGAGGGCAAUGUUUGCCUUUCCUGGGGGCUCUCGGGCUGUGGUCUUCACCUGCAGCACCUGCUCUUGGGCUUCUUCUGCCAGCUCUUCUUGCUGUGUUGCACCAGGUUUGUGGGUCCAUCCUGGGAACUGAGCUGGGGAAAGUGUGCUUUUGCAGGGGAGGGUUGCUUGGUGCCGGUUAUGGGAUGGUGGCUCUCCCAGGUGCAGCCACCAGGUGGGCAGAGCCCAGAAGAGCCCACGGCAGGCUCAUGCACCCCUAUGGCAAAAAAGCAGCGUGCAAAGCAGCAGGGAUUGCAAAUGCUUGUGCACAGAGCAACUGUGCUUUCCCUCAGCCCUGCUCAGCCACGCAGGAGCCAGCUGGGCACGUAAAGCCCUUUGCUGCAGGGGGAUUGAGGACCUGAGGGGAUGUGGGGACACAGAGGGGGACAGGUGCCACUGUGGCUGCUUGGGCACAAAGAGCCCCUUGUAUGCUGCAGGAUAUGGGGGUGGUCAGGGGCAAUCGGACACCCCAUGGCAGCAGGGAGGGCUGUCUGCAGCUUGCUGGAGAGUCUGCGCCCCUUGUGCAAUGAAAAUAAUCCUGGCGGGCCAGUAGGAGCUUGUCCCCACGUCUCUCUGCACGGUUUUCAUGGUCUGUGAUCUCCUCUGAAAUGAGCAGGGGAGGGAAAGAAGUGAACCUGACUGUGUGCGGUGGUCGGGGGUGUGAUGCGGUGUUGUUGCUCAGAGGGGUCUGUCCCAUAAGCAGUCCUUUUCCCAGCACUGGGCUUGGGGUGACCUACCUGUGCUGGGAGGGACUCUGCUGGAGGGGUGCAGGGCAAUGAGGAACGAGCUCCUCACUCAGUUCUUAGCACGGGAUCUCAGAUCUGCCCCAUAAAUCAGUAAGAAGGGAGCUUGCGGUAAUAAGGGAGAGAAAUCCAGCUGAGAGUGUUUUCCUUGGGGAAUCUCCAUCCCGACCCACCUGACUGUGAUUGCUGAGAUCCAGGUUCCCUCUGCUUUCCAAAGGAAGCUGCCCGUGGUGCCAUCAGCUCCUGUCACACUGGCAAAAAUCUGUUGUUGAAAUGUCAAAUGGCCCCAGCAGCUGGGAGGUGGCCGUCACCCCUUCCCCAAGCCCCCCUGGCAGCUGGAGGGGGUGGAGUUCCCCCGGUUCCCUUGAGUUCCAUUGAUAGAGCCUUUGUGCCCCUGUGGCCAAGCAGCAGUUUGGGUGCAUGGGGCUGUUUGCUGCUGUUACAAACCCAUACAAGGUGAAGCCGAUGGUUUCUGGGGCGAUGUGGGUUUCGGAGAGCGGAGCUGGCACGGGCGGAAGCGCGCGGCCGCGGGGUUUGGGGUUUGGUGUUGUCUUCAAGGGGCCCCUGAGCUGCUUUGGGUACAUGUAUGUGAGCUGGAAACACCAGAAUACCAUCGGAUGGGAGCCCCAAAGAGGAGACCCCAAAGAGAAGCCGCCCCAAGAGAGAGGAGCUCCCAGAGAGAAGCUCCCCGGAUAGGAGACCCCGAAGUUGAGUCCCCUAAAAAAGAGAUCCCGAAGAGAAGCCCCCAGAAUUGAGGCCUCCAAAGAGGAGCUCCCAAAGAAGAAACCCCAACGAGGAGACCUCAAAGAAGAACCCCCCCAAAGUUGAGUACCCUCCAGAAAGGAGACCUCCGAAGAGGAGUUCCCCCAAAGAGGAACCCCCAAAGAACUCCCAAAGUUGAGUCUCCCAAAGAGGAGCUCCCCAAAAAAUCUCAAAGCCUGGGAGGCAACUGGAAAAAAGUGCCACUGAUGGAAGGUGCAGAAUGGCACGAGGUGCUCAGCAAGGGGUGGAAGAGGGAGGUUUGUGCUUUGGGAAGUGUUGUGCUGCAUCCCAUCCUUUAGUCCCCAAGUGCUUGGGCUGAGCCUGGCUGAGCUGAGCUCCUUCUUGUUGAGGAGCGGGAGAGGAAAGGGGUCAAAUGUCUUCGCCCCUCCGUCAUGCGAUUGGAAAGUAUUGUUUGUGAACAAACUCUGCCUGGAAACGCUGAGUGAGUGAAACAGCACCAAACCUGCACCGAGAUCGGCCUCUGCGAUAAACCCGAGGGCUGCUUUGGGGUGAGGAGAAGGCAGAAACUGCAACAAAGGGGACAGAGACGGAGCUCCGUGCGCUCCGGCAUCACCGUGCCGGGUGAGUCGUCCCCGUCCUCAUCUCUGUUAUGGGAAAGGUUUCCUUUAUUUGCUCUUCCUUUGCAAAUCGAUUGCAUUACAAGGGGCAGAGGGUGGGCAGCUGAGCGCUCUGUGGACGGCUGGGGGGAGGGUGGAGGAGCCCAGAGGGCUCCAGGGUCAGGGAAGGGCCCUGAGGACCCCUUGAGGUCCUGAUCCGACCACCCCUGGGUGCUCAGCACCUGCAGAACCUUCUGGGUCUUGUGGCCGUUCCCCUCUACCACCCAUCCAAAGCCUUCCACGAAUGACAAGAUUUUGCGUCAAAAAGUAUUUAAAAGAGGAAAAGAGGCGCAGUAGGAAGGGGGACCUGGAAAAUAUUACAGCUGUGGGGGCUUGUUCUUUUUUGCUGUGGUAUUUAGAGACCUGCAGGGGUGAAAAAACUCUUGAAGACGUGCAAAUGAGAACGCUUUGAGUGGCCGGCGUGCAAAGCAAUGCUGUGCAUGGCUGCACGGCUUCCUGCCGCGCUGUGCGGAGCGGGUGAGGAGUCGGGGGGAUGCGCAGUGCUGUUUGCUCCCUGCCCAGCACGUGGGAACAGGGAGUCACCCAACCCUGGUGUCGCCUUGUCCCCGUGCUGCCCAUGUCCCUGCUGUGUCCUGGUUCCCAUCUGGGUGCUUCCAGACCCUUCUCUAAAGACGUUUCCAAAUGCAACCUGGGCAGUGAAGCCAUCCGGCUGCAGAGCUGGCGGUGAGCAGCGCUUUCCCCUUAGCGAUACCAAAAGGGAAAGGGGAAAAAUAAAAAACCAACCAAAAGAAAAAAAAAAAAAGAAAGAAAUCCUGGCAGGUAACCUCACCCCGAGGAUGGGAAGGGGGAAGGAGCACAUCUCCCAUUGCCUGGGUCCACUCCCUGUGCCCGUUCCUCGGUGGGUCUUCAAUACUUCCAACGUGCCGAUGAGAUCGUUCCCCACCCAAUAAAUCCCGUGGGCAGGAAGGUCCACCUGAUGGUCAUUUUGAUUUUUCCCCUAAUUAAAGCAUCCUGUUGCUCAUCCCAUCAAAGAAACCCAUGCUGGAACCAUUGCUGUGGACCUGCACCAGUUGAUGCCCUGGGAAGGCUCUUGGUGUUGCGUUGGGUUAUUUGUUUGGCUCUAGUGCUGCUGCUGAGCGCAUAGUGCAUGUGUUACAUCUUUGAGGUGAAUAUGGGUACAUUGGAUGUGAUUUAAGGCCUCCAGCGCUGUGCUGUGAGGCUCAUUGCCCCCAUCUGGAUGUGGGGUGCUGGCAGCAGGGGGAGGUCCCGGCUGAGCCCCUGUGCUGGAGAGGGGGGAGGCAGGAAGGCGCCUCGUGGCGGUGAUGUGGCCCUCUGCCAUCUUGUAUGAAACCAGAGCAGCGUGGUAAGGAGCAGCUUAGGAAGCCCUGUGAGAGCAGAAUUCACAACCAGCUGGAAAUUGUGAGUAAAAAGGGCCCCCAAGAACCCGGGGAUGUGAUGUGGUUGAGACCUCUGCAGGCUGUGCCAAAGGGACCCAUGUGCCAGGGAUGGCAGCACACGGCGUUCACCUCUCAUUGUUAUCAUGGGGGGCUUUGCUGUCCCGUCCCCACACUGAGCAUCCCACAGCACCACUCUGCUUCUCCAGGACGUCCUCUUGCUUUAGAGUUAAAGCUUCCACGGGCUGUGCAGCAACAGGAGCUGUGCAGCAACAGGAGCCACGCAUUUCUACGCUCCACUUGAGCGAUGCAGAAUUGCUGCUCCACCCCACCGAGAGCCCCAGCCUGGCAGUGCUGGAGAGCCGAGCACGGCCUCUAGAAGCAAAGGGGGGAAUCCUCCUCCCUGUGAGAUACGGGUCCCAGGCUUGACUAGACUGGGAGUGGAGGGGAUGUGGGCGGCAGGAGGUGCUGGGGUGGCACACGGAGGGGUGACCUCCCCUGCGUGCCCAUUGCCAGGAGUUUCCAUGAUGCCAAUUCUGUCACCUUGGUGUCACCGCUGCGCUCUGAGCCCACAGGGACGUUUCCGGAGGCUGUCACCCCCCCAGUCAGAGCCACGGGGAGCCUUUGGGGAACAGACAAAGAGCGCCGUGUUCCGUGUGGGCACUGGGAAAUCCCAGCUCUGGUUGGAGCUGCGGUUUUGCCCGCGAGCCCCCAGAGUUUUGCUGAAAUGAACCGAGAGCAAUGCUUUCCAAAUCUCUCCCUUUUCGGCACUGAUGUUGCAGCUUUUCAGCAACGCCAGCACUUGGCAGCAUGCUGGGAAGGCAGAGGUUGGGGCUUUCUGCAGGUGAGGUGUUGCAGAGGAUGUGCAAAGCGUCGGCUCGCCCCAGCGCUGAGCGUUUCCGCUGCGGCUCUGCCUGGCUUGGCGGGGACACGUGGAGCUGUGGCUGCCACGAGGUGAUGGCAGCUCUGCAGCAUCCGUGGCUUCUGGGUGACUUCAGUAUCCCAACAUCCAGGUGUAUCUUGGGCUUAAAACCUGCUUUUUCAUGGUCCUACACUGGGCGUUUCUGGGCAUGAAUCCUCAGCUGUUGGGUGUUUGUGAAUGGCUCUGUGCAGGAGCCCCGCUGCUGAUUCCUGCUUGGCCGGGAGCCACACGGGCUGCACUUCCAGCUCUGCUGCAUCCCCAAAGGUCACCAUUUCCUCCUGCUAGUGACAGCACGGCGCUGGGGACAGCAGAUAUGCCUUAGUGUGGAGUGCCAGAGGUUGGCUGCAAUCCCUCGCGAGCUCAAAAAGGUGAGACUUGACCCCAUGACCCUCUAUUUUUACACACACCAGAGCCCCGAUCCCAGUGUAGGAAGUGCUGCCCUCUCCCUGCCAUGCACCCCGCUGUCCCUGCGUCCCCAUGGGAUGGCAACCUCGUGAAGUUCCCAGCUGUGUCCCUCACCUCAGCCACCCCCCCAGGCACGCAGUGGCCGUGGCAGGAGGAAACCAUCCCUCCUUUUAUGUGUGAAGGCACGCUGGGCGGAAACGCUUGGAAAGGGCCCCGAAAGGACAUUCCAAGUCUGGCAGGAAAGCAGUCCUCUCGUCUGGCAGGAGACGGGCUAUUGUCUGUGCCGGUGACCGGAGGGAUUCCUUGAGCCCUGCUUGGAAGGAGAGAACCUGUGUGUGGUUUAUUUUUCCCCCUGCUCUCUCUCCUGGGGGUGCUCGCAGCUCGUGCCUGCGGUGCUUUCCCGCUGCUCUGUGCUGUGUGGUGUUUUCCCCUGUUGGAUUUUGUGUUUGGCUACGUUUGGUGCUUUUCCCCUGGCUUGCUGCGUGCGUGGGGAGGUGGAAGGGAAUCUAUGAACUGAUAUUUUUCUGUGUGGAAAGAGGAAAAGAAAAAAGCUGACGGCCUCUCGGAUCUGCUGGUGCGUUUGGUGAUGGGCAGAUGGGGCUGAUCCUAAAAGCCAGGCAACCCAACUCACCCCAUCAGCUGCUGGGAUGCUUUCCUAUGUCCCACUCUGUGGGACCCCUCAGUGCUGCCAUCCCAUGGGGUGGAAUUGCCCUGGACUGAGGAGCAGGAACCCUCAGUUCUGAGCCUGGUGCAGCCUGCAGUGCAUCUCUGCUGGCGUUUUUCCCCCUUGCUGCUGUGCAGAGGAUGUCCAUGAGGAGCCCCGUUUCUCCCCACCUGGAGCUCGAUGGGGCGGGCAGCAUGGUGAACUGCAGCAUCAAGACGGAGGAGAAGAAGGAGAGUGGCUACGAGAGCCCACCGGGGGCUGCCCCCAGCACUGAGCCCCAUCCCAACGACCCCCCGGGACCACCACCAAGAGAGGGCACAGACCCCCAGGCAUUGCCACAGGAGUCCUGCUCACCCGCUGGUGAUGCAUUGGAGCCGCGGUGCUCAGCCUUCGAGCCGGCUGUCGGCAGCCAGGAGAAGCUGGACUUCAACAGAAACUUAAAAGAGGUGAUGCCAACCAUUGAGAAAUUACUCUCCAGCGACUGGAAGGAAAGGCUGCUGGGCCGAAAUGCUGCUGAGACCAAAGAAGUGAAGGGAACCCAGGAGAGCCUGGCAGAGAAAGAGCUCCAGCUGCUCGUCAUGAUCAACCAGCUGUCCACGCUGCGGGAUCAGCUCCUGACAGCCCACUCCGAGCAGAAGAACAUGGCUGCAAUGCUCUUUGAGAAGCAGCAGCAGCAGAUGGAGCUGGCGCGGCAGCAGCAGGAGCAGAUUGCGAAGCAGCAGCAGCAGCUCAUCCAGCAGCAGCACAAAAUCAACCUGCUGCAGCAACAGAUCCAGCAGGUCAACAUGCCCUACGUCAUGAUCCCUGCCUUCACCCCCAGCCAUCAGCCCCUUCCUGUGACCCAGGACCCCCAGAUAGCGCUGCCCAUCCAGCCCAUCCCCUGCAAGCCAGUGGAUUACCCCGUGCAGCUGCUGCACAGCCCUCCUCCUCCCACGUUAAAGAGACCCAGCGGCUCUGGCCACCUCCAGAUGCAGGAGACCUCGCAGCCGCUGAACUUGACGGCCAAACCCAAAGGCUCCGAGCUCCCCAGUGCCUCCAGCUCACCCAGUUUGAAGAUGAGCAGCUGCCAGUCCCUCACACCGAGCCAUGGGGCUGUGCGAGACCUGCAGAGCAGCCCGUCCAACCUGCCCUUGGGAUUCUUGGGCGAGGGCGAUGCCAUCACCAAAGCCAUCCAGGAUGCACGGCAGCUGCUGCACGGCCACAGCGGUGCCAUGGAGGGAGCGCUGAGCCACCCUUACCGCAAGGACCACGUUGGCAUCGAUGCUUCCCCUGUGAAGGAGCGGAUGGAGGAGACACCCACACACCGCCUGGAUGAGACUCUGCUGAGCUGUGAGAUGGACGGAACGCGGCAUUUCCCCGAGUCCAGGAACAACAACCACAUCAAACGGCCCAUGAACGCCUUCAUGGUGUGGGCGAAGGAUGAGAGGAGGAAGAUUUUGCAGGCGUUCCCAGAUAUGCACAACUCCAGCAUCAGCAAGAUCCUGGGCUCCCGCUGGAAGUCGAUGACAAACCAGGAGAAGCAGCCUUACUACGAGGAACAAGCCCGGCUGAGCCGACAGCACUUGGAGAAAUAUCCCGACUAUAAGUACAAACCCCGACCCAAACGCACGUGCAUCGUGGAGGGGAAACGGCUGCGCGUGGGGGAGUACAAAGCGCUGAUGAGGAACCGGCGGCAGGAUGCCCGGCAGGGCUAUUUGAUAGGUCCCCAAGGCAGCCAGCUGCCCCCCGGCUCCUCGGAUGUGCUGUACCCUCGGCCGGUGGGCAUGCAGCUGCCGUCCCCGCUGAUGGAGCAUUACCUGCCCCGUGGCGUGGAUCCCAGCAUGCCCGUCAUCGUCAGCGCUCGUAGCCUGAAGGAAGGUGACGGCGGAGGGGACGAUGGGCACUCGGUGGCGGAUGGUGAGAUGUAUCGCUACAGCGAGGAGGAGGACUCGGAGGGAGAGGAGAAGAGCGAUGGAGAGCUGGUGGUGCUGACAGACUGAAGGGCCGGGCGGGGGGCAGCGGGGCUGGCUGGCACCAGGCGCUGGUGACCCCCGAUGCGGCGCGGGCAAAGAGCCAGCAGCCGCAGGGAUGAGAUGAGAUGAGUGGGUGAUGGUGGGGGGUUUGGGUACGUGGCGGUGCUGUUUGCUGCUGUAGGGAAUGGGGCUCUGCAGCUUGGCUGAGAGCUGAUGGCUCAGGAACCCUGCAGCCCCCAGUAAGGACCUGGGGGGAAUGGGACAUGGGAAUCUUCCAGCCCUCUAUUCCCUACCCAUGCCACCUGCCGACGCCUGGCCACGGGGGCAUCCGUAAGCUCUGCUCAGCCAAGCCCUCCCCACUCCGCUGCAGUUCCCCCUUGCAGCCUGCCAGUGAAUUCCCAUGGAGGCUUUUUUUAGCUCUUGCCUGACCCGAGUGCGAGCCGAGGGCGCUGAGGAGCCCUUUAUGCUCCCGAUGCUCUGUCCCACUUUGUAAAUAAGGCGGGUGCUGUUCCCUGGCUGUGCCCCAGCCCUCGGGCAGCCCCGGUGCACAGCACUGCUGUGGGUCCACGCAUCCCCAGGUGCCUCCUUUGCACCGCAGCUCCGCGAGUGCAAGGCUUCACCUCUGUGCAUCAUGGAAACAGCAGAAGGGGGGGGGGAGGG